AUGAAGAACGUUUUCUUGGCUGCUUUUGUCUCCCUACUCUCCUUCUCUGCUGCGGACGAUGGAUUCAGCAAAUGGGAGCUCUACUGUGGCGAUUCCUGUGACAGCACCACUCUUGUCCUCACCGGCGAUUUAGAAACCAACGUUGCCGAUACCUGCACCAGCCUCGGCGCUACCUAUGAGUAUUGCCACUUUGAGCAGGUCCAAGAAUACGGCUCCUAUGCUGUCAACCUUGACAGCGCAGACUCCUGCCAAGGUACCGUUAUUUACCCGGGUGAUUGCACGGCUUCUGGAAGCUGGAGCAAUUACGAGAUUUACUAUUAUUUCUAA